CGCGUUACGUGCUGCCGAGGCGAGCGCAAAGGUUGUUGUGGCCGGCAGGUGAGGGACUGGCGGCCGGCUGUGGUUGGCGCGGUGUUUGUAGAGAUGUCGGCGGAGUUUUUGGCACGAUCCUUUCAGAAUUUGAGCCUGCAGCAUCCCGACGCCAGGCGAGCGCCUAAACCGCACCGGGGCAAGAAAAAACGACUUUACUUGCUGAGAGGACUUCCUGGAUCGGGCAAAUCCACUCUGGCCAGGAAUUUAAAAUGUCAGCAUGGUGGUGCCGUGAUACUGAGUACGGAUGAUUAUUUUGUCAGACAAGAUGGGUCCUAUUUAUUUGAGAAGUACUUACUUGAUGAAGCUCAUGGAUGGAACCAUGAAAGAGCCAAAUCGGCCAUGAGACAAGGGAAAUCUCCAAUUAUAAUAGACAAUACCAACAUUCAAGCAUGGGAAAUGAAACCAUAUGUGAUUAUGGCACAAGAGAAUGGUUAUGAAGUGAAAUUCAGAGAACCAGACACGCCAUGGAAAUUUGACAUUAGAAAACUAACCAGAAUAAAUACUCAUGGUGUUUCAAGAGAAGCAAUUGAACGGAUGAAAGAACGGUAUGAGAAGAAUAUCACAAUUGACAAAGUGCUACAUGCAGAAAGGAGAAAUUAACUGAUGCAGAGUUUCAGAAGAGGAAUGAACAAUGAUGGGGGAACAUCUGACAAGCUUUUAGUACAUGAAGCAGUACUACUUGUUGGACAUUUGCAGGACUAUUUUCUAAAUUUGAUAAGUCACAUUUUAGUCAGAAUGGAGCAAAACUGCUUUUAAACUUUUUUAAAAAAAUGAUAAAAGUGGUAAAACACUAAAGGUUUUUAAUCACAAACUAAAAAUGAUAAUUGUGACCAACAUAUUUUAUUACUUUUGUUUUAUUACGUUUUGUCAAAUGCAAUUUGCAUGUUGUUCUUUUGAGAUGCUUGAACCAGAAGCUUUACUGUGGACUUCUGUUUUAAAUUUUCCUGCAGCAAAUUUGUACCAAUAGUUCUAAGCUGGAUGCUCUGUUGAGAAUUUGUGAUGGUAAAAGUCAAUUGUUUUGUUUUUUUAAUUAGGGUUAAAUACUAGAUUAAAUCUCAGAACCCAUGCAACAGUUUUUGUAUCCCUAGUUGUAGAUGUAUAUUGCAUCUACAAUUAUUUUAAAUUAAUUCUCAGGAUUUUGACAUUGUUGGCAAUGCUGGCAUUUAUCGCCCAUUUCCAGUUGCUCUAAGUUGAUAAGUAGUAUUUUGGAGAGGUUUUAUACAGUUGAAUAGCUUUUAUUGAUAUGUAAAAAGGAAAAGACUGGUAAAGACAAAUGUAGGUCCCCUGCAGACAGAAACAGGUGAAUUGAUUAUGGGGAGCAAGGACAUGGCAGACCAAUUGAAUAAUUACUUUGGUUCUGUCUUCACUAAGGAGGACAUAAAUAAUCUUCCAGAAAUAGUAAGGGACAGAGGGUCCAGUGAGAUGGAGGAACUGAGCGAAAUACAAGUUAGUGGGGAAGUGGUGUUAGGUAAAUUGAAGGGAUUGAAGGCAGAUAAAUCCCCAGGGCCAGAUGGUCUGCAUCCUAGAGUGCUUAAGGAAGUAGCCCAAGAAAUAGUGGAUGCAUUAGUGAUAAUUUUUCAAAACUCUUUAGAUUCUGGACUAGUUCCUGAGGAUUGGAGGGUGGCUAAUGUAACCCCACUUUUUAAAAAAGGAGGGAGAGAGAAACCGGGGAAUUAUAGACUGGUUAGUCUAACGUUGGUGGUGGGGAAACUGCUGGAGUCAGUUAUCAAGGAUGUGAUAACAGCACAUUUAGAAAGCGGUGAAAUGAUCGGAGAAAGUCAGCAUGGAUUUGUGAAAGGAAAAUCAUGUCUGACGAAUCUCAUAGAAUUUUUUGAGGGUGUAACUAGUAGAGUGGAUAGGGGAGAACCAGUGGAUGUGGUAUAUUUGGAUUUUCAAAAGGCUUUUGACAAGGUCCCACACAGGAGAUUAGUGUGCAAACUUAAAGCACACGGUAUUGGGGGUAAGGUAUUGGUGUGGGUGGAGAAUUGGUUAGCAGACAGGAAGCAAAGAGUGGGAAUAAACGGGACCUUUUCAGAAUGGCAGGCGGUGACAAGUGGGGUACCGCAAGGCUCAGUGCUGGGACCCCAGUUGUUUACAAUAUAUAUUAAUGACUUGGAUGAGGGAAUUAAAUGCAGCAUCUCCAAGUUUGCGGAUGACACGAAGCUGGGU